GGGUUAAAGUUAGACUGAACCAUGGUUAACUCGUCUUCUCUAAGCUCUUUAAAUAGAACCUCUCAAGCACAGAAUAAACGUAAUCUUGUCUGCAGACAAGAAGAGACCGAUAUGAUGAUGAUCGGAGAAGGAAACUAUCACAGGCCAACUGUCGAUGUCUCUCCAUGGACUCUCUUCGACGAUUCUUCCGCCGUAGGCGGCAUGAACUUCUCUCUCCCGGUGAGCGGCGUUUCUGCCAACGGCAAUGUUGGUGGGGGCGGCACGGCUUCCGAGGGAGACUAUUCCUCAUUUCUAUUUGGGGAAACGAUUGCCGCACUGCAGCGCUACCUUCCGUCCAACGACAUUGAUGCCGAUUCCGAUUUACCCGGUCGUGAGGCCGAUUUACCACUAGGCCCUUUCUCCACGGACGAGUUUCGCAUGUACGAGUUCAAGGUCCGGCGAUGCGCGAGAGGCCGCUCUCACGACUGGACUGAGUGUCCGUACGCUCAUCCCGGCGAGAAAGCUCGCCGUAGAGAUCCGCGUAAGUUUCAUUACUCUGGCACUGCUUGCCCUGAUUUCCGUAAGGGUAACUGCACAAGGGGAGAUUCUUGUGAGUUCGCGCAUGGCGUAUUUGAAUGUUGGCUUCACCCGGCGCGUUAUCGUACGCAGCCCUGCAAGGAUGGUACCAAUUGUCGUCGUCGUGUUUGCUUCUUUGCUCACACUGCUGAGCAACUCCGUGUGCUUCCCCAGCAGAGCCCAAGAACUCCGGUUUCGGCUGAUUCCUUUGACGGAUCUCCACUGCGUCAUUCUUUUGAUUCUUAUCUGGCUAAGAAUGGUCUGUUAUCUUCUCCUACUUCAACCCUGAUAUCCCCCCCUCUGUCUCCUCCUUCGGAUUCUCCACCCAUGUCUCCCAGCAGUCCCCUGAGUCGGUCAUUUGGUUCAAACUCCGUAAACGAGUUUAUGUCUCCCAGCAGUCCCCUGAGUCGAUCAUUUGGUUCAAACUCCGUAAACGAGGUGGUUGCGUCCAUGCGUCAUCUGCAGCUUAACAAAGCUAAGUCAUCUCCUUCCUCUUGGGGUGUUCAGAUGGGUUGUGGGUUUGGUUCUCCGAGGGUAGGUUCUACUCUACGCCCUGGGUUCUAUAGUUUGCCCUCAACUCCCACUCAGGCCCCAACUCGGGGUGGGACGAGUUAUCUGGAUAUCUGGGAGAGGGGUUGUGGUGUAGAGGAAGAACCACCAAUGGAAAGGGUGGAAUCUGGGAGAGAUCUACGAGCCAAGCUGUUUGAGAAGUUGAGCAAGGAAAACUCACUGGAGCGGGUUGACUCGCCCUCUUCCGCUCCCGAUGUUGGCUGGGUGUCGGAGCUGGUGAAGUGAAUUAUUCAAGGAAUUUUUUGUUGAUCUAUUUUGGGUUCAAUCUGUUGCCCUGAUUUUUGUGAUUGUGAAUAUC